AUGAGUCUCGAAGUAAUCUAUGUAACCCGCCAUGGGUUCCGCUCCAACUGGGUCGUCGACCCCAAAACCGGGGAAUAUUCAACCUCCAUCCCUUCCCCCACAGGAAUAGCCAGCGACCCCGAGCUGGCAGGUUACGGCGUCGCCCAAUCCAAAGAACUCGCCUCGCAUCUCGUCAACCUCUCCCCGCCCAUCGAACGCAUAUACUCCUCCCCUUUCUACCGCUGCAUCCAAACCAUCACCCCAACCGUCACCGCUCUCGCCUCCUCAGGCAAACCCCUCUCCCCGUCCACAACCAAAGUCCGUGGCGAAAAUGGUAUCGGGGAAUGGUACGGCAUGGCGCGGUUCGACCACCCUUCUCCUGCUGAACCCGCGGUCUUGAAGAAAUUGUUCCCGCAUUACGAUGAGGAGUAUAAACCUACUAUCAAACCGAGCGUGAAUGGUGAGACGUUGGGCGAGUUGCAUGAUAGAACGGCUUAUGCGCUGCAUAGGAUCAUCGAGCAGAGCGAUCGCGAGGGUGUAAAGGCUAUCUUGCUGUGUACACAUGCGGCGACGUUGAUUGCGAUUGGGAGAGCAUUGACAGGAAGGAUGCCGGAGGAUAUUGCGGAGGAGGAUUUCAAGCCAUUUACGUGUGGACUGAGUUCGUUUGUGAGAAGGGGGAAGGAGAAUAUGGAGGUGGGUGUAAAGGAGUGGGAGGGUCCUGAGACGGAGAUUCCGAGGGUGGACUGGAAGGGUGGUAGGGGUGUCGGAGGUGGUUGGAAUAUUACUGUUAGCGGUGAUUGCAGCUUCUUGAGUGGUGGUGAGGAGAGAGGAUGGAGGUUUUCUGGAGACGAGUCUUUCGAUCUUGCGGCUGGAGCUGGGGCUUCUGUGGAUGCUGGCACUGGUCUGGGAGUUGUGGUUGAGGGCAAGAAGGCACAGGGCACUUCUCUAAGCCCGUCACGAUUGUAG